AUGGCUUCGCAAAAUCUUGAAGUUCUUGCUAACGACGCACUCGGGAAUGGCUCUGAGCAUGGCAACACCACAGAAUCCGGUGCUUCGAACAUCGCUGAAGAAAGUGAAAAUGAAAAACUACCUGAAACAAAUCAACAGAGAAAGUGGAACAUGGAAAGGACCUGGGGCUUUUCUUUAGAGGAAAUAUUCGGGCUGGCGUUAAGAUUUUUUAAAGAAAUGAAUGGGAAGGCCUUCAGUCCAACAUAUGAAGAAAACCUGCGCUUGGUGGCACUUCAGAAGCACAUCUCACUGGGCCCGUAUAACGCGAAGGUUUGCCCAGAGGUUGGGUUCUUUGAUGUACUGGGAAAUGACAGAAGAAAAGAAUGGGCACGCCUGGGCAGCAUGGCCAAAGAGGAUGCAAUGGAAGAUUUUGUGAAGCUUCUGAACUCCUGCUGUAAUCUGUUUGCACCAUAUGUCACAUCUCAUAAGAUUGAGAAAGAGGAGCAAGAGAAAAGAGCAAGAGAAGAGGUGGAACGUCUCAGGGCAGAAAGAGAAGAGCAAGAACGACAGCAGUGGGAAGAAGAACGGCAUCGACGAGAGGAAGAGGAGAGGAAGAAGAAAGAGGAGGGGCAGAGGAGAGAGGAGGCUGAGUGCUCAGUAAUGGAGCUGCAGAAGACACAGAUCAUGGCAGCUCUGAGUGCACAGACAGAAGUUCAGUUCCUGCAGUAUGCUCAGCGCCAGUUCCCCAACGGCCCAGAACAGCAACAACUGCUCAUCAAACAGCUCCAGGAACAGCACUACCAACAGUACAUCCAACAACUCUACCAGGUGCAGCAGAUGGCUUUGCAGAAGCAGCAGGACUCAUCUGAGACUCUGAUAACUCCACCAUGUCCUGAUUUACGUGAUUCAUCAUUAAAUCCAGGCACCCAUUCAAAGUCCUCACAGAGUCCAGAGUGUAAGGUGAACUCCAAAAAAGGUCAUUUAGUCAUAGAAGGCAAACCAGGAGAGGUGGCUAUCAUGGCUGCCUCCAUGUGGACAAGACCUCAGAUAAAAGAAUUUAAAGAGAAGAUGGUGCAGGACAUGGAGUCGGUGAUCAUUGUUGGAAGAGGUGAAGUGUUGACUGUGCGAGUCUCUACUCAUGAGGAUGGCUCUUACCUCUUCUGGGAAUUUGCUACUGAUCACUAUGACAUUGGUUUUGGCUUGUACUUUGAGUGGGCAAACGAGGCAGAUGGGACAAGGACCGUAGAACCUUCUGUAGACGGCCAGAUGACGGGCCAGAGUGAAAAAGUAAAUUCCGAGAGCCAAACCGAAAGCAGGCUGCCUCAGCUGAGCGAGGUGGUUCCUGUCUAUCGGAGAGACAGCCAUGAAGAAGUGUAUGCAGGCAGUCACCAGUACCCUGGACAAGGAGUUUACCUGCUCAAAUUUGACAAUUCAUAUUCGCUCUGGAGGUCAAAGGUUGUGUAUUACAGAGUUUACUACACCAGAUAGACUCAGAGACACCUAUUCUCACAAAACCUGAGUGCUAAAUUCUUGCACAAAACUUCUGAUCUGGUAUUGGUCUUGUUUUGCUCAGAGCAAAAUGUUGCAGUAAAUACGAGUUCUAAAAGAGCAUACAGAGAGUUUUAACUUGGGUAACCCAACACUGAAGUGUAGUGGGAAACCAAUUCAAAAUCCUUUUAUUUUUGAUAAAAAGAGGGUGAGACACAGGUCUAGGAGCUCCGUUUACUGAAGGAUAAAUUAAUCCUGCUUCAAAUGUUUUAUUCCAUUUUGAAACAACACCUAUGCAUAUCUUAACACUAGCCUCUUUAUGCACUGCAAAUCAUCAGAAAUAUCCUUCAGUAAUCAGUAAUAUCUAGUAGUAUCGAGUAAUAUUGUUCAAUGAACGAUGCUGGUAAUUAUGAGUGGACUUAACUGUUGUGUACUCAGUAAGCAUUUAAGAAAAAUAAAUUAAAUAUUAAAACUAAUUAAUGAAGCAAAGAAUAAAGUAUAGAAAGUAUUGCAGCUUGUGAUUUAUUAAUUGGCUAAAACCUGCAUUGGAUAAAUUGACUUUAAAAUUGUUUAGUUCAUUCUCUGAAAAAGCUGAAUGGCCAAAGGCACCUAAUUAUACUGAAACACGCUGCCCUGCACUGAAGUUUAUUGCAGUUAUUCCUGUUUUACAUGUUACUAGACCAUUUGGAUCUUUAAGAGUUUCUGAAUGAAAAAUGAUGAUACAAGAGGAUAUGUGUUUAAAUUGUCUUUCUCAUUUGUCAACCUAAAGUUAGCUACAAUUAUAAUAAAUAUCCAUAUAUUGUAUAUGCUUACACAAAUAGUUUAUAAUGAAAAUGUAUUUAUAUUUUUGGUGCACUAGAAUAUUAACCUAAAUGUACAGUUGAUUUGUACAUUUGGAGGAUAGGGGUUCUCAUUUAUCUUUCACUUCUCAAAUAUAUUUUAACAAUAUGAUUGAUUGUUUAAAGUGGAACCUAAAAAACUUGACUUAAGAUAGGGCAAGGAAGUGUCCUAGAGCUAGAGACUUUUAAAAAACGUUGUAUA